UGAGCAUAAUAUGGUUGGAUUAUUUUUCACCAAGACCCCCCCCCCCCACCCCCACCCCCCCAGUAGCACAGCCGUAUGUUUGCGGACGUACAAUGCUAGAAAACGAGUUUCGAUACCUGUGUGAACCACACACACACUCAAAAAAUGUAUCUUGUCUUCUGCUAAACAUGGCAGCUCCUUAAGGAACGUGGUUAUAAAAUUAGACAAAUACAGUUAUGUCAGAAAAUCCUCUUAAUAACCCUGAAGAGUUGAAUCCAUCAACAUUAGGAACGAAGGAAUACUGGCAAGAUGCUUAUGAGCAAGAACUUCAAAAUUUCAAUGAUCAUGGAGAUGUUGGAGAAAUUUGGUUUGGAGAAGAUUGUGUGGACAGACUUGUAACCUGGCUAAGUACAAAUGAAAACAUUCAUCAAACAGAUCCUGUCUUGGAUCUAGGAAGUGGAAAUGGAGUUCUUUUAAUAGAACUGGCCAAAAGAGGUUUCAAAAAUGUCUGUGGAGUAGAUUUUAUUCAAUCGGCUGUUGAGCUGGCUCAAUCACUUAGUAUGCAGGAAGGAGUGCAGGUGAAGUUUGAGGUUGAAGAUAUUCUAAAGGCAGAAGAAUGUCUAUCUACAGAAUCUUUACUCAAACACAAGUACAAAGUUGUUCUGGACAAAGGAACAUAUGAUGCAAUUAGUCUUAGCCCAGAAAAUCCAGCCAGGAAAAGGCAGUGUUACAUUGAUACAGUUGACAGGAUUUUAGAUGAAAAUGGUUUCUUUGCUUUGACUUCUUGUAAUUGGACCAGGGAAGACUUGAUAAAACAUUUCAAUAAAGAAUUCAUCUUGUGCUCUCAGAUUCCAGCACCUAUCUUUCAUUUUGGAGGAAAAACUGGAAAUACUGUGACAAGUCUGGUAUUUAAGAAAAAGAAAUUAUAACUAUUUGGUUUGAUAAAGGUUUUAGGGCUUUUAUAGAAUACUUUGGGCAAUUUUUUACACCAAGUAUGAAGUGUAUUAUCUUCUUUUCUUUACAUCAUCUUUAAUCUCUUUUUUCCUUAAACACAGAAUGUAGUUGAUGAAUAUCAUUAUCAUGUUUUUGACAGAAAUGAAUAAAAACCUACAUGUUUUUCUAACAUCAUGAAAUUAUCAUGUUUUUAGUUUUGUUUUGUCAUGUUUUCACAAAGAAAGCUGAUGUUUUGUAAGAUUAUUUGUAUUAAAUGUAUAUUUCACCA